UACCAAUAAUUGUCAUCAUCUACCUGAUGAUGGUGAGGGAUGGUGUGACCUUCCUGUGUGGAAUCCCGGGAAUACAGAGAACGGGGACAUCUCUCUGGUGGGUUCCUGUAGCUGGAUGACUCCACCAUGGUGUCCUGGUACAGAUCUUUGUGUUCUUCUGCAAUCUCUGACUCCUCCAUCCCCCCAUCCUCAUCCUCCUUCCUCUUUUAUCUCUUCUUUAACCUCAACUUUAGGAUCUCUCAGGUUUCCAUUCUGAAUAUAUAUAAUAAAAAUGACAUCAAUGGUAACAAUGCAGAUAAUGUACAGAUCCUAAUGAUACUAUCAGUGAUUGUUCCUCAUCUACCUGAUGAUGGUGAGGCAUGGUGUGACCUUCCUGUGUGGAAUCCCGGGAAUACAGAGGACGGGGACAUCUCUCUGGUGGGUUCCCAUGACUGGAUCCAUCUAGAUCCUUGUGUCCUUCUAAAUACUCCCACUCCUCCAUGGAGAAAUAGACAGUGACACCCUGACACCUUAUAGGAACCUGACACACACACAAUGAUACAGUCACCAUCCAGACACAUCCCUUGUCUGUUACUGGAGAAUGUCCCAGAAUUCCCGGCACCGCUCACCUCUCCUGUCAGCAGCUCAGUGAUCUCUCUGGUGACUUCUAGAAUCUUCUUCUUCUU